AUGAAGCGUCAAAAGACACGUCACACUAACAUGAAGCGUCAAAAGAUACGCCUCACUAACAGGAAGCGUCAAAAGACACGUCACACUAACAUGAAGCGUCAAAAGACACGCCACACUAACAAGAAGCGUCAAAAGACACGCCACACUAACAGGAAGCGUAAAAAGACACGCCUCACUGACAGGAAGCGUCAAAAGAUACGCCACACUAUCAUGAAGCGUCAAAAGAUACGCCACACUAACAGGAAGCGCCAAAAGACACGCCACACUAACAUGAAGCGUCAAAAGACACGCCACACUAACAUGAAGCGUCAGAAGAUACGCCUCACUAACAGGAAGCGUCAAAAGCCACGCCACACUAACAUGAAGCGUCAAAAGACACGCGACACUAACAGGAAGCGUCAAAAGACACGCCACACUAACAGGAAGCGUCAAAAGACACGCCACACUAACAGGAAACGUCAAAAGACACUCCUCACUAACAGGAAGCGUCAAUAA